AUGUUGCGCGCUCUAGUAGCCAUAUCUUUCUUCGCUCUGCCCUCGAUUCAGAGCGCCGUCCCUAAAAAGUUCGCUCCUCUGAAAUUCGCCAAAGAUGGUACUUUUCAGAUCUCCAUUCUAGAAGAUCUUCACUUCGGAGAAAUCAGCGGUAUUCACAUUCAACAAUCAGAUGCCUGGGAUACAUGGGGUCCCGAACAAGAUGUCAACUCCGUGGCUGUUAUUAACCGAGUGCUCAAUGCCGAAUCACCCGAUCUGGUCGUUCUCAACGGCGACCUGAUUACCGGCGACAAUGCAUUCCUGGAGAACAGCACAGUUUACAUUGACGAGAUUGUCGCUCCGCUCGUUGAUCGUGGCUUGACGUGGGCAUCUACCUACGGCAACCAUGACAGUUCUUACAAUCUCUCUCGCGAGGCGAUUCUCGCUCGCGAACACCGCUGGCCUAAUUCACGGACUGAGCAGAUGGUCUUUGGUCGUGAGGCUGGUGUUUCGAAUUAUUAUCUUCCCGUUCAUGGGUCCUUAGAUGAGAAUUCUACGGGUGCGCCGGAAUUACUCCUUUGGUUCUUUGACAGCAGAGGUGGAAAUUAUUACCAGGAACUGGACUCUGCUGGAGAUGUGAUUGCGCAGCCGAAUUGGGUCGAUGUCAGUGUGGUCGACUGGUUCAAGAAGACGAAUGAAGAACUUGUCAAGAAGAAUCACAAGAACAUUCCGUCUCUUGUUUUCGUGCAUAUCCCCACGAAUGCGUCGUUGGCUGCACAGACCGAGAUUGGAAUCAACCAGUAUCGGGAACCAGGUAUCAACGACGAUUCUACUCUUGCGCAACAAGGCGAGGGAUGGUGUGCUGAUGGCAGCGAUGCCAGUAUUUGCACCUACGGCGGACAGGACGUGCCAUUUAUGAAAGCCCUUGUCGACACGCCGGGUGUGCUUGCAGUGUUCUCAGGUCACGAUCAUGGUGAUACCUGGUGCUACAAGUGGGACAGUCUGCUUCCUGAGAUGACAGUCAAAGGCAAUGGUGUCAACCUCUGCUUUGGACAGCACUCUGGGUAUGGGGGGUAUGGAAGUUGGAUUCGUGGAUCCAGACAGGUUCUUGUGUCGGAAGAGAAGUUGAAAAAGAAGGUGAUUGAUUCGUGGAUUCGAUUGGAAUCGGGCGGUAUAGUGGGAUCUGUCUCGCUGAAUGCGACAUACGGGGGAGGAUAUGUAUCCUGCGACCCCAGAUCUGUUGUCGUCAUGUCCUACCUGCAACUACACUCUUGA